AUGACGGCUGCUUCGAAAGUGUUCGAUUUAACGGACCUACUAGAUAGACGACACAUUGGCAUACUUAUAGGGAAGAAUGGCUUUAAUUUGAAAAGAAUUCAGAACAAAACCAAGGCGAUUCUACAGAUGGAAAGAAAAGAAGGAGAUAAAACAAUCAAAUUAUGCAUAACUGGUCUCCCUUUAGCUGUAGAGGCCGCACGAAUUGAGAUACAUGAACUUCUUUUGCAGAUACUUCGAAAAAAUGGACAUCGAAUAGAAAAUAUCAAAAGCAUAAGUGGUGCGCAGCUUGAUCUCGGAUGGGAUGAAAAUGGCUUCACAUCGUUAAAGAUCUACGGUGAUUACCGCAGAAUUGUCCUCGCCACAAAUAUGGUAAAAGAACGUUUAGACACGUUCAGCCCAACCGUUCGAAACACGGCCGUCCUAAACAAGAAGACCAACGAAAAUUAA